CCCGUCUUCCUCUUCUUCCUCCUCCUCUUCCUCCUCAUCCUCUGUCUCUCUCCAUCCCUCCAUCCCUCCUCCCACCUUCCCCAGCCAUGCGCUUCUCUCUGGUAGCCGCCCUCGCUGCCGUCUCCGGCGUCCUCGCCAAAACAGUCCAGUAUGACAUGACAAUCGAAUGGGUCGACGCCAACCCCGACAACGCCUACGAGCGCAAGCUGAUUGGCGUCAAUGGAGUCUGGCCGCCGCCCGUUAUCGAGUGUGACAUCUACGACCGAGUGAUCGUCAACGUCACCAACAACCUCGGCGAGCCCACCUCGAUCCAUUUCCACGGUCUCUACCAAAACACCACCGCCUACAUGGACGGCCCCGUCCACGUCACGCAGUGCCCCAUCCCUGAUGGCUCGAACUUCAUCUACAACUUCACCGUCGACCAGCCUGGUACUUACUGGUACCACUCGCAUUACACGGCGCAGUACCCCGACGGUUUCCGCGCGCCCUUCAUCGUCUACGACCCUGAUGAGCCGUUCGCGGACGACUACGAUGUCGACACCUACCUCACCGUCGCUGAUUACUACCAUGACUCUGCUCCGUGGUUGUUGAAGAACAAGUUCUUGACCCUCGCCAACCCUACCGGAUCCGAGCCCAUUCCUGACAACGGACUGUUGAACGAGACCCAGGACUACAAGUUCCUCGUCGAGCCCAACACGACCUACAAGAUCCGCAUCAUCAACAUCGGUGCUCUUGUCUCGCAGUACAUCUGGUUCGAGGGCCACGAGUUCGACGUCGUCGAGGUCGACGGAAUCUACGUCGAGCCCUACACGACCGACCGUAUCUACGUCACCGUCGCCCAGCGAUAUACCAUCCUGCUGACGACCAAGAACUCGACCGACACCAACUACCCGUUCAUGACCUCGUUCGACACCGACAUGCUUGACACUAUUCCCGACGAUCUCAUGUGGAACGUCACCGGCUGGUUGACCUACGACGAGGACGGAGAUUUCCCCGAUGCCGCAGUCAUCGACGAGUGGGUCUUCCUUGAUGACUUUGAGCUUGUUCCCGUUGAGAAGGAGACUCCUUACGAGCCCGACACCACGAUCACUGUCUCGGUCUCGAUGAACAACUUGGACGAUGGUGUCAACUACGCGUUUUUCAACGACAUCACCUACGUCGCGCCCAAGGUGCCCACUCUCUACACCGUCAUGUCGUCCGGCAACCAGUCGACCGACGCGACCAUCUACGGUUCAAACACCAACGCCUUCGUCUUGGAGCACAACGACGUGGUCGAGAUCGUGCUCAACAACGCCGAUCCCGGUAAGCAUCCUUUCCAUCUCCACGGCCACGUCUUCCAGGUGAUUGAGCGCUCGGAAGCGUCGGCGUCGGACGACGACUACAUCGUCUACGAUUCGUCCAACCCGGGCACUGUCAACGAGUACCCGAUGCGCCGAGACACCGUCUACAUCCGACCAAACGGAUACUUUGUCAUUCGCUUCAAGGCCGACAACCCGGGUGUCUGGUUCUUCCACUGUCACAUCGAGUGGCAUUUGGAGCAGGGUCUCGCGCUGACGCUCAUCGAGGCGCCGCUCGAGAUGCAGAAGUGGACCAUCCCCGAAGACCAUUACGCGGCGUGCAAGGCCGGCGGCUACGAGUACGAAGGAAACGCGGCCGGCAACACCGUCGACCUGACCGACCUGACGGGAGAGCCCGUGCAGCCGGUCGAACUUCCCGCCGGCUUCACGACCAAGGGCGUUGUCGCGAUGGUGUUUUCGUGCAUUGCUGCCUUUGUGGGCAUGGCGUUCAUCACCUGGUACGGUCUUUCGGAGCUCAAGACUACCGAGCACCAGGUCGCGGAGAUCAUGGGCGAGAUCCCGCUUGAUGACGAGAGCAGCGGAUCAAAGUAAGCUGAGAAAAGAUAGAUAUGUUCUGUUUAUUGUUUGAUUUGCUGCUGCUUUUAAAUCAGUAGUUUUUGUGUUUUGUGUAUCCUUCUAUCCUUUUUCUCGAGAGCUACAAGUAUAGUCUUUCUGACGAAAUUCACUUUAAUGAAUUCACCCCCUUUUUUUUAUAUUUUUUUUAUCGAGCUGGGUUGAGUGCUUUGUUAGCCCGAGCUACUUGUAAUAUUGUUUUAUUAUCAGUGCUUCAUUCUUUAAAUUUUCUCUUUAAUAGCUAAUAUAUCGG